GCAAAUUUGCUGAAUAGAACGCGGUUUGCGAGUUUCGGAUUGUUUAUACAAAAUGUACAUAUACCUAAAACUAUUGUUCAUAUUAUUGAUAACGUCAUUGCAAGUGGUAAACAGCGAGUUACUAAAAAAUCCCCAUUGCGCUGUCUCCAAGAAGUUGGAUGAGCAAUGCGGGGGCUAUUGCUACGGCAUAGUCAAGCCGCUUUUGCAAUAUGCUGCCUCUAUUCGGUCGAAAGAAAAUCAGUUCAGCGAACUAAUUGAUAAGAUUCAGAACCUUAAAGCAACUAUUAAAAUGUUAAAGAGCCAAAUAGAAUUAAGUAAUAAACACACAAACAAUUGCUUGACCAAUAAUGAGCUGAAAGACUCAAAUGAGGUCCUUGUGGAUAAAAUUCAAUAUAUGAUAUUUGCAAAAAAUAAUAAUGAAGCUCAAUUAAACACAGAGCUAAGGAACAGAGAUUCAGAAAUAUUGGAACUUAAAGCUCGAGAUAUAGCGAAUUCAGCCAAAAUUAAAGAACUAGAAAAGUCACUAUUAGAACAGAACACAAAAAUCAUAGAAAAUUUAGAUUCAAGCUGCAUUGGUAAGCUGACAAAUAUAUAUGACAUAAAAGUGCCUGGAACGAGCUUCUUUGCCGUGCCCUGUGAUUCGAGUCUGGCUGGCUCCGGCUGGAUGGUAGUUCAGCGCCGUCAGGAUGGGACUGAAAACUUUAAUCGCACUUGGGAAGACUAUCGGUUGGGGUUCGGAAAUUUGCACGCAGAGUUUUUCAUAGGACUUGAAAAACUCUAUUUAUUGACCCAAUCGCAGCCACACGAAUUGUAUAUAUAUCUAAAAGAUUUUAAUAAUCAAGUUCGAUAUGCGCGGUACAGUAAAUUCCUCAUUGGUAGGGAGGAGGAAAACUUUAAGUUAAAAUCAUUGGGAAAGUAUUCGGGAAACGCAGACGAUGGAAUGGCUGGACAUAUUAAUAUGGAGUUCUCAACACCUGAUAAAGAUCACGAUACUGGCAGUCAACAUUGCGCACAAGAAUAUAAAUCGGGGUGGUGGUUUCAUAAAUGCUAUACCAGCAAUCUAAAUGGAGAAUACAGGACGACUAGACUUGAUCAACUUUAUGGCAUUGAUUGGUUUAAGUGGCACAAGGAAUCGCUUAAAUUUGUUCAAAUGAUGAUCAGGCCCACAAAUAAAAAAGCUUAAUUCAUUUUACAA